GGAAAAAGGAAGUCAUGCUUACUUCACUCCUGGUCUUGAGAGAGGUGGCAUCUCACCAGUGGAGAGCAAGAAAGUGGCAAAUAAUAUGGAAAGAUGGGUCCAGCUGUGCAUUCUGAGCUUGGUGGCUGUUGUCCCUGGAAGAGCUGCCCUGGAUUUGACCGGCAACAACCUGGUUGACGGGAUCUGGAAAGCUCCUGCCACUUUGCCCUGCCUGUAUGAACCCUCCUCUGACUUCAAGCAGCUCAAGGUGACCUGGAAAUUCUCCCAGUCAAGCGAAGCUCCUCGCACCAUCUUGCACCACGAUGCCUCCGAGGACCACAUCUUCUUGACUGCUUUCAGAGACCGAGUCAAUGUUGCCAAGAACCCCCCUGGAGAUGUGUCUCUCCACAUCAAGAAACUUGAAAUGACUGAUAUUGGUUCAUUUGUUUGUUUGGUUGAGUUGGAAGCCCAAAACAUGAGCAUAAUCAGCAGAGAAAAGACCGUGCAGCUCAAGGUGGUAAAAGUUCCAGUCUCCAAGCCAGUCGUUGAAGCCAGCAGCCAGGAUUCUGUCCUGCCCAGAGGGACCCGGAUGAGUCUGACCUGCUCAGCCAGCGGAUCUCCGCCCAUCACCUAUCGAUGGUACAAGGAGGGGCCUGAGGGGGAAGCCGAGGAACUGCGGAGGGGCCCACUCCUUGCCUUUGAGAGCCUGCAGUUGUCGGAUUCCGCCAGAUAUUUCUGCACAGCAGAAAACAGGCUUAAUGUACAAAAGGAGCAGAGCGACUCCUUUCAGCUGACAGUGAAAGAUGCUUCUGAAGUCUCCACUGCAGGACCAGCUGCUGACUCAGGGGGACACACAACAGCAGAAACAGGGACGCCAGUCUGGAACUUUGUAGCAGGAACUUCCAGGAGGCCUGAAAUGACCCAUACCAGGACAGGCGGAAUGGUGACUUCAGCCACAACUUUUGGGAACUUUUCAGGACAGCAGAAGAAAACUCCAGGUGCUCAGAAGAAGGCUCUGCCCCUGUAUGUCAUCAUCCUGAUCGCUGUGCUCUCUGCAGCUUUUAUCCUUAUGGUCAUCUCUGUGGUACUUUGCAGAAGGAGAACUAAGAGUGAUAAUAUUUAUGAAGUAACAUACAACAACAAUGCCCUCACCCUGGAGGGCAACGAAGACAUCCCAGCCAGUCCAGGAGUCAACGGUACCUGCCUGUAUGAGGAACCGAAUUCAAGUUUCGGUAACAACUACACUAUGGAGCCAACCAAAGCUGUCGAGUACGUGACAAUGGGUGAAAAGAUGGACAAUGAAUAUGAAAUCCUGGUAACUGAGAAGCGGUUGGGGAACUGAUGGGCAGCCUGUAACAGGAAAGAGUAGAUCUUGCUACAUCUCCAAGAGCUGAGUGUUGAAGGACAUUCAUCUUGGCCCCUCCACAUGAACACACGUCAACUUGCCUCCUCUGAGCAGGUCCUCCUCCUCUUUCUCCUCCUCCCAACCGGUGGGUCUCCUGUCUGGCCUCCCAAAUGGGCUUCUUUCAGCCCGGCAACUCCACCCACUCAGUAGUGGCCACUUAGACCUUUCUCCCUGCCAAGAGCAGCUGAAGCUGUGGCAGGCAGAGCUGGGCAAACGUUCAGUUCGCCCUUCUCUCAUUUGGUGACUCUGCUUUCUCCGUUUCUCCUUCUCGUGAAUUUGGCAGGUUUGGUUUUUUGAACAGGAGUUCUUUGAACUAAAAAAUGUUGACACUAAAAUAUGCAUGUAUUUGAUUUUUUUGUUUGCAGUUUGUCUGGAAUACACUUUCUGUACUCUUCCAUCUGAUCAAAAGCACAUUUGUCCUAAUAAAAAACACUUUUCUGUUAUAAACAUUUUGAACUGAUGAAUCACACUGCAAAAGGUCGGGAAAUGGUAACUUUGGGAUUAUUGCUUAAAUUAGGAAACUAAUGUUUCAAAAAGGGAGAAUAAAUGAAGUUUAUUUUAAACAA